AUGAUACCAGAUCCCACUCCCCGUCCUGCUCCACAUCCCGCAGCUUCUGCGGCAGCAGCAGCAGCAGCAGCAGCAGCAACUCAACCUCGUCCAUCUGCCCCGCGUGCACCACAAGAACAGCCAGUUAAGCGAAGAGUUCGAGCAUCGAACGUGUGCGUGAAUUGCAAAAAGCGGAAAAUCAAGUGUUCCAGAGAACUUCCAUGUUCAAAUUGCGUUAAAGCCAGAGGCAAAAUUAAGUGCAGAUACGAAGACAAGAGCCCCGAUAGCCUGCAUCAUACGGCGAAUCAUCAAGCUGUUGACGAGUCGUCGACCUCGUCCGGAACGGCAGCACGGCCCUACGAAAAGAGUGCUUCGCAACCGCUUCAGUUUUUGAAUUUCAAUUCUGGGAAUAUGACGGCUAAAUUUGAAUCGAAUGGGAAACGAGAACAUCCCGAUGCCAGUACUAGUGGUGGUGCUAGUACUAAUGCUAGUACUAGUGCUAGUGGUGCUGGAGGUGGUGCUGGUAGUGAUGGGGCACCAGCUGAGGCAAAGAGGAGAAAAGCCGAUGAUAAUGUCACCAUUUCAUUAAGUGAGCUUCGGAUGUUGAAAGAACGCUUGGCAAACAUCGAGUCGAGUUUAAACCAGAGCGAACCGCUGAUGCAGAGUAGCGGUAGUGUUGGUAGUGGCAGCACGCAAUUGAACAAUGCUGCGCAGAGCAAGAAGGACAGCUUGCCCUACUCUGUUGCCUCGCCAAUAUUGCCCACGCCUCCAGGUCCAAAUCACCCAUGGCUGCAACAAAGCAGCACAAUCCAAGGUUAUAAUCCGCAAUUAACAAUGAGUUCACAGCCACAAUUUUCCACGACUCAUAAAUUGUCCAACACAAGGGCCCGCUCGCCUAAUAUUCAGUUGCCUCCAAUUCAAUUCAAGGCCGAUCAUCCACCUCAUAGUAAAUCCGGUAGCUAUUCUGGAUCAAGUGAGAGUGCCAAUUCCAGUGCCAAUACCAACUCCAAUACCAAUUCAAACACCAGUUCAAACUCCGUGACAAACUCAGUAGCAAAUUCAGUAGCAAACUCAGUGGCAAACUCAAACUCAAACUCAAACACGCCUUAUAACUCGUCUUCGGGAGAUCUCAGAGUUUCCGCUGAUCUCAGCAAUCCUUAUUUGAACGAAACGGAAACAAUUAAUUUCUAUGAAAACUAUUCCUCGGUGUUUUGCAAGGAUUUCAGAAGAGUCAAUUACGGGCCCUUUGCGUGGUCUUCCUUGAUGCGGCGUGAUGAAGUAUUGAACACGUUGUGGAACCACAUUGUUAAGCGGAAGGAGUCCUCCAACUUUGUCUUUUGUCCCGUGAGCAAUGAAAUCACCCAGGAGAAGACCCUGUUGGUUGCUAGUGAGCCCGAGGAGUCUGAAGAAAAUUUCAAAAAAAAGAUUUUGGAAAAAGGUGGCUACGCUGAUGUUGUGCCGUAUAAUGUGCUAAAGGAGAAAUUAAAGAAAAACUUGAACAAGGAAACACUUCCCUUGGGGUUGACUAUAUACGAGGGCCAAUACAGCUGUGAGUUUCAACUUCUUAGCAGAAUCAAACAGAUUUUGCCCAAGAAGAAAGUUGUUUGGAAGUUAAUUGAUCGUUUUUUUACAUUUUGCUAUCCAUUUAUGCCAUUCUUGGACGAGACAGAGUUCUUGGAAGGGGUUGAAAAGAUUGUUGGUCCAAAAUCAUACGAAGAUGUCAAGAUUGAAGAUGUCAGGAUUGAAAAAAGGCUCGACUUGGCCAUAUUCGGCACCUUGUUAGUGGUGUUGAGAGUCUCUUACUUGACUUUAUUUUCCAACAAAAUCCUGAUUAACGAGCAAAGGUUGAUUUCAGAUGACCCUUCAGAGAAGGCGCGGGACACAAAGUACUUGAUGCAAAACCCCAUCAGCAUCAACAUCAUCGACGUUGCUUCGAUGUGUUUGUACCAAUUUGACAUUUUGAGGCGAACCUCAUUGUCUGUUUUGCAAUUGGCGCUUUUCAUCAAAAUCUAUUACAUGUAUGCUCCCGAAGAUGGCGAUGAUGGCGAAGGUGCAGAUUCCAACGUGUUGACUGCUAUGAUGAUCCAAAUGGCCUACUCGUUGGGCUUGAAUCGUGAGCCUAGUAAAUUUUCAGAAUUGACCGAUAAGAGGACCAAUCAUUUGAGCAGAAAAAUCUGGCACUUGCUCGUGAUGUCUGAUAUGCAUAGUGCAUACACUUAUGGUAGUCCCAUGCUCAUUGAUCCAAACAGUUUUGACACCGAAGUGCCCUUUCACGAAGAAGGCAACGAGAACUUGAAAGACAAGGAGUUGGACAAGUACGUGACAGAGAUUUUCUUUCCCGCCAACACCAAGCUCAAUGAACUCUUGAAGGAGAUCUUGACAAAAGCAAUGAGCGUUUCAGGAAGAUUUAAAGUUUGUGAAAUGUGCAAUUUGCUUUCUGAGUUGGAAGCGAGAAUGGAGCAGCGGUUUGUUAGUUUGAAAAAUUGCAUUCGAGUCAAGGAUCCCUCAAGCCAUGUUUUCUCGAGAAAUUUCCCUACAAAGUACUUUCUUUCGUUAAAGACCUUCCUCGUGUCCAUCUACUUCCACAUUUUCCUUCAUUACGAACACAAAGAUGUCCAGUUGUCAUUUUACUACUUGAAGAAACUCUUGAAAAUUGCUGCCACCGAAAUUAUGCCCCAUUAUUUCGAGUUGAUGGGCAAUAGCGAAGCCAUUUGUGACAUGUUUAUCAAUCCAAAGCUUCAGCAAAUCAUCCACAAGUUCAACCAAUUGUUUGUUGCCAUGAUAGUCAGAGUCAACUUGUCCAUCUAUGUCUUGAAAUCGCAGACUGAGCACGAAACGCGGUGCUUUUCUGAUACCCCUUAUUACAAUUACUACAAGGAAUUGUGUAAGAUUUCUUCGUGCUUGACGAGAUGUGCUGAAGUGUCAGUGGCGGCCGUUUCAAAAUUGAGUACUCGAUACUUUUACGCGUGGAAAUUGACAAAGAGCCACACGUAUUUGCUUAAAGUCGUCACCACCAUGGAUUUCUACAAGGAGCGUGCCCACGUCUCCAACCCCAAGUUGAGACUCCCCAAGUACUCAACUGAGCAGAUUGCCGAAUUGGUUGACAUGUGCGAAAGUGCAUUGAGCCAAUUGGGUAAAGUUGGUCUUCACGGCAAGGAAUUCUGCAGCGACGUUUCCUACGAGCAAUACAAGAACAACAACAACAACAGCGCGUCUACGGUGAUAUCAACAACGACAAACCUGAGCAACGUCAAUACCGAGUCAGUCGACUUGUCGACGCCGACAUCUAGCAUCUCGUCAGACGUCAAGGCGUACACGAAUGAGUUUGGUUUGGAUCUUUUGAAUAGCGAAGAAGUGGAUAAAAUUUGGUUGCAAAUGUUGACGAUGAAAAACGAUGUGCUGCAACAGCAACACCAGCAGCAAUUCAACCCACAGUCUCCAUUUCCCGCAAUGGCUCCACCGGCAUAUUUCGGCGGCGAUCAACGACUCCAUCAACCACACCAACAAGCACAGGGACAAGCACAAGCACAAGUACGGGGACAAGCACAAGCACAAGCUCAGGGACAGGGACAGGCACAAGGACAAGCACCACAAGGGGAACAGCAAGGUAAAGGGUUCGGUUUCAACCCUUCGAGUCCCAUGAUUGGACCCCUUGGCUGGCAGACUGGAUUGACUCCACGUCCUAUGUACGAUGCUCCGUUCACUCCUGGGUUGAAUAGCAAUCCAAACCCCGGUUUUGCGUUUGAUGACAACGGGCUGAUGGAUUUGUUUGCCACGUUGCCUUUUGAUCAAAUUUUCAAUCUUUAA